AUAUAAAGAGCUGCUGGAUACUAGAGCAUGUUUCACAGUCAGUAGAUGGCAGUGAUGCUUUGAAAGGUCCUCGCUAACCUACGAGGGUAACGCGUAACCGUAGAAGAAGAAGCCGACCCAAAAUAAUCACAGCAGCCGCCGAAGAAGAGUCGCUGUUAGCCGUUAGCUUGUCAGAAAAAAAAACGUAGCGUUAGCCGAGAUUUGCUCAAUGCCUGGCUAGCGUCGCUGCAGGUGUCGAGCAAAAUCAUAUGCUGCGAAAGAGAGGGAAGGUCGCACCACUCAGUUCCUGACAGAGACCGACCCCGCCUUCGACAACAUGGAGAAACAGUUGCACUUAAACCUGUUAUCCUCCAGACCUCCUAUGGCUGGUGGUUUUCAGUCCGGCUCCAAAAUGAAAAUGGGACCUGGACGGAAGAGAGACUUCUCCCCGCUGCCCUGGAGUCAGUACUUUGAAACCAUGGAAGACGUUGAGGUGGAAAAUGAAAAUGGCAAAGAUAUUUUCAGAAUUUACUGCAGCGGUUCCCAUGGUCCUGUGCUGCUCUUGCUGCAUGGAGGAGGCCACUCUGCACUCUCCUGGGCAGUGUUCACUGCCGUCAUAUACAGCAGGAUCAACUGCAGAGUGGUGGCCUUGGACCUUCGCGCUCAUGGCGACACCAAAGUGAAAAAUCCUGAUGAUCUGUCUGCAGACACUAUGGCCAAGGAUAUUGGCAAAGUGGUAGAGGCGCUCUAUGGAGAGAAUCCUCCUCCAAUCAUGAUCAUCGGACACAGCAUGGGUGGAGCCAUUGCCGUUCAUGCAGCUGCUGCCAAUCAUAUACCAUCUCUGCUUGGCCUCUGUGUCAUUGACGUUGUAGAGGGUACAGCAAUGGAUGCGUUGAACAGUAUGCAGAAUUUCCUCAGAAGUCGGCCAAAGACAUUUAAAUCUCUGGAGAAUGCCAUUGAGUGGAGUGUGAAGAGCGGCCAGAUCCGAAACAUUGAGUCAGCACGAGUGUCAAUGGGAGGCCAGGUGAAAAAAUGUGAGGAAUCCACCAGCAGUCCAGGUGUGUCUAACAGCAUUGGUGAAGGUAUAAUAGAAGAAGAAGAGGAAGAAGAAGUGGAGGAAGAAUCUAAUAAGAAGAGGAUGAAGGAAGAUGAUCAAGAGAUAAAAAAGGAAACAGUAUUUACCUGGCGAGUGGAGCUGUCGAAGACGGAAAAGUACUGGGAGGGCUGGUUCAGAGGCCUGUCUGCCCUCUUUCUCACUUGCCCUGUACCAAAACUACUUCUGCUCGCAGGAGUGGACAGGCUUGACAAAGACCUUACUAUUGGACAGAUGCAAGGAAAGUUUCAGAUGCAGGUCCUCCCUCAGUGUGGUCAUGCUGUCCACGAGGACGCACCUGAAAAAGUAGCAGACGCUCUAGCAACAUUUAUGGUCCGGCACAAGUUCACUGAGUUUAAAGAAGGAUACCUGUGCUAAUUUCCAGUUUCAGUCUAUAUAGCCAGCAGCCAUAGAAGAAAUGUUUCAAGACUCAUCCACAUCCUCGCCUGUACAAUUAAACAGCAAAUUAAGGAAAAUAUAACUAUUAUUAUUAUUAUUAUUAUUAUUAUUAUUAUUAUUAUUUUGCUUCUGUUAUGUGAUUCUUUGCCUUUUAGCUUUGCCUUAUUUUUAUUUGAAAACACUGGGAUUUGAUUGUACUUUUCCUUUUACAAUAUAUUUUUUUUAAAUCUUUGAAUGCUCCCCUUGUUUCGUGGUUUAUUUUUGAGUGACUGCAUCAUUGUCAAUGUGUUUGUAAUGUUUGAAUUCAAAUUAAAUGAUUAAAGGUGGACGCUGUAAAAAAAAAAAAAAAAAAAAAAAAAAAAAAA